GUAAAACCGUUACAGACUGGGAAAUUUCAGUUCACUCGUUUCACGAACGCUGUGUGAAGAGGUUUAUAGUUACUCGUCGUAUUUAUUAGUUACACAUCAAAAUGAGGGAAAUUGUACACAUUCAAGCUGGACAGUGCGGAAACCAGAUCGGUGCUAAGUUCUGGGAAAUCAUCUCAGACGAGCAUGGUAUCGACCCCACCGGAGCCUACCACGGUGACUCAGACCUUCAACUAGAGAGGAUCAACGUAUAUUACAAUGAGGCUUCCGGCGGCAAAUACGUCCCUCGCGCCAUCCUUGUGGACUUGGAGCCAGGCACCAUGGACAGUGUUAGGUCAGGACCUUUUGGCCAGAUCUUCAGGCCAGACAAUUUUGUGUUUGGACAGAGCGGUGCUGGUAACAACUGGGCUAAGGGACACUACACGGAAGGUGCUGAGCUGGUCGACUCUGUGCUUGAUGUGGUCAGGAAGGAGGCAGAGAGCUGUGACUGCUUACAGGGAUUCCAGCUGACACAUUCCUUGGGAGGUGGUACCGGAUCUGGUAUGGGAACACUACUUAUCUCCAAAAUCAGAGAAGAAUACCCCGACAGAAUCAUGAACACAUACUCCGUUGUCCCCUCACCCAAGGUCUCCGACACUGUAGUAGAACCUUACAACGCCACCCUCUCAGUCCACCAGCUCGUAGAAAACACAGACGAAACAUACUGCAUUGACAAUGAAGCUCUGUAUGACAUCUGUUUCCGCACACUCAAACUGUCCACCCCCACCUACGGAGACUUGAACCAUCUCGUGUCACUGACCAUGUCCGGUGUAACCACAUGCCUCAGGUUCCCUGGUCAGCUCAACGCGGACCUGCGUAAGCUGGCUGUCAACAUGGUGCCCUUCCCCCGCCUCCACUUCUUCAUGCCCGGUUUCGCCCCUCUGACAUCGCGUGGUAGCCAACAGUACAGAGCACUCACAGUGCCCGAACUGACCCAACAGAUGUUCGACGCUAAGAACAUGAUGGCUGCCUGCGACCCACGACACGGCCGAUACCUCACAGUCGCCGCUAUCUUCAGAGGAAGGAUGUCGAUGAAGGAGGUCGACGAACAGAUGCUCAACAUCCAGAACAAGAACUCCUCGUACUUCGUUGAAUGGAUCCCCAACAAUGUGAAGACAGCCGUGUGUGACAUUCCUCCCAGAGGUCUCAAGAUGUCCGCUACCUUCAUCGGUAACUCCACCGCCAUCCAGGAGCUCUUCAAGAGAAUCUCUGAGCAGUUCACCGCUAUGUUCAGGAGGAAGGCUUUCUUGCAUUGGUACACAGGAGAGGGCAUGGACGAGAUGGAAUUCACUGAGGCUGAGUCUAACAUGAACGAUCUUGUCUCAGAAUACCAACAGUACCAGGAAGCCACUGCUGACGAAGACGCCGAAUUUGACGAAGAACAGGAGGCUGAGGUCGACGAGAACUAAGCCUUUUCACAUCACCCCUUCUUCUUUUCUUCUUUCCCCCCUUCUUUCCCCAGUCUUUCUUUUUCUAACUUUUGUAUUAAAAACACAACCGAAUGCAUUCCUAUAUGUGUAUUAUUUAUCAGUCUGUUCCUUCUACUUUUUUACUGUAUUAAAAAACAUGCAUUCCUUUGUGCGUUUAUUUGUUCAUUUGAAUAAAGAAUACCCGUGAUAACAA